CUGAGUGCCCAUGACCAAAUUCGACUGCUUCGUGGCUGCUGCCUCGACCUGAUCACACUUCGGGCUGUUUAUUCUCUUAGCCGUGCAGCUCGCCGGCCUGGCGGCCCUGCAUGCCCGCCUGAUUCACUUGCGCCUGACUCGACGGGACCAAAUGGGCCACCGGCUAUUCAGAGCACCGCAUAUCCUCGCCUUGGCGUUUCAGAGGAGAAGUGUGCCCAGUUGAUCAGACAAGUUGCUUUGAAGCUGGCCAGACUUGAGAUCGACAAGACUGAAGUGGCCUUAAUGGCUGCCAUUCUGCUUAUGUCCCCUGGUAAGCCUAUCCUCAUAGUUUAUUCCUAUGGUAAGCUGUGUUAA